AUGUAUUUUGUGAGAAUGUUUGGGGUUUUUGUGAUAGUCCCGCUGGUGCUGCAGAUGGUCCAGGCUUGUGGAUUUGAGAUGUUCUUGGCGACGUUGGCGAGACACAAGUCGUACUGUCACCUCCAAGGACCCGACGUGACGAUGAUUCCUGCAAAUAUCUCCCUCAACACCACACACCUGGAAGUGAAGCAGACGCUGGUUGGAGUGAUUCCCGGGGGCGUCCUCUCCAGCCUGAAGCAACUCCAAAAACUCACCAUACUACAAAAUGAACAGCUGGAGUCCAUUGAAGCCUAUGCGUUCUCGAACCUCCCUCGCCUCUCCUCCGUAUUUCUCUCUGGAAAUGCAGCAUUAAAGAAAAUUGGAGCGUUUGCCUUCUUUAAUCUCCCAGAGCUCACCGAUAUACACAUAACUAAGGCCAAACACCUGCAGCAGAUGGACCGCGGCGCCUUCAGGAACAUCCCGAAACUGCGCUAUCUGCUCAUCUCCAACACCGGUCUGAACGUGUUCCCAGAUCUUGGACAGAUCCACUCCACAGCGACUGACUUCAUCUUUGAUUUCCAUGACAACAUCUACAUCACAGAGGUCCCUCCCAACGCCUUCAGAGGCCUGUGCUCUCAAACCAUCAGAGACAUACGCCUGAGCAGAAACAGCAUCGAGAGGGUGGAGAGAGACGCCUUCAACGGCACCAGGAUGCGCAGAUUGUUUCUGGCGGACAACACGCGCCUUACUCACUUCAGCCCCGACGCGUUUUCAGGCUCCAGUGGUUUGCUUCUACUGAACAUUUCUCACACGGCUCUCAGCUCCGUACCCAGCUCCAUCCUCAACAGCCUCCAGAAAAUCAUCGCCAAAUCUGCCUCAAACCUGAGACAGUUACCCCCCUUCACCAGACUGGUCGAGGCUGAGCUCACCUACCCCUCCCACUGCUGCUCCUUCAAAAACAUGACCAGAAACAGGUCAAUAGAGCAUUACCUCUGCUCCCACCCUCUGGCCCACACAGACCAUCACAUCAAGAAUCGCUGCCUGAACAUCAACUCCUCCUGCUCCCCGACUCCCGACGAAUUCAACCCCUGUGAAGACAUCAUGGCCGCUGUGUCUCUACGGGUGCUCAUCUGGGUCAUUUCUGUUCUGGCUCUGAUUGGAAACGCUGCGGUGCUGCUGGUUCUGUUAGGUACCAGAGCCAAGCUGACAGUCCCACGGUUCCUCAUGUGUCACCUGGCGUUCGCUGACCUGUGUAUGGGCGUGUACCUGGUCGUCAUAGCGACAGUGGACAUGUUUACGCGGGGGAGAUACUACAACUACGCCAUCGACUGGCAGACGGGGCUGGGCUGCAGCGCUGCCGGCUUCUUCACUGUUUUUGCGAGUGAGUUGUCCGUGUUCACAUUGACGGCCAUCACCCUGGAGCGCUGGCACACCAUCACCCACGCCCUGCGCCUGGACAGGAAGCUCCGCCUGAGGCACGCCUGCUUCGUCAUGACCGGGGGCUGGGUCUUCUCUCUCAUCGCCGCCCUCCUCCCAACACUAGGGGUCAGCAGCUACGGCAAGGUGAGCAUCUGUCUUCCAAUGGACGUAGACUCCAUCGUGGCUCAGAUCUACAUCAUCUCCCUGCUUCUUUUAAACGUGUUGGCGUUUUUGUGCGUCUGCGCCUGUUACCUGAGCAUCUACCUGACCAUCCGAAACCCAAGCUCCGCCCCCGCACACGCCGACACACGCAUCGCCAAACGAAUGGCCCUCCUCAUCUUCACCGACUUCCUCUGCAUGGCUCCUAUAUCUUUCUUCGCUCUCUCCGCCGCCUUAAAACUCCCGCUAAUCACAGUUACAGACGCCAAGUUUCUUUUAGUCCUGUUUUAUCCGAUUAACUCCUGCUCUAAUCCGUUUUUAUAUGCUUUUUGUACACGUACAUUUAGGAGGGAUUUCUUUUUAAUGGCGGCGAGGUUUGGGGUGUGUAAAACCAGGGCUCAGAUCUACAGAACAGAGAGCUCGUCAUGCCAACAGCCGGCCUGUAUCUCUCCCAAAAGCAGCCACAUUAUGUUAUACUCUCUGGCCAACACUCUCCACAGUAUAGAUAGUAAACAAGACUUCUGA